GUUUGCUAUGAAUAGCGCAUCCUUCUUCUGGAGAAGAGUCCAUCUUUUCGUUCACAGCAUCUCAGGAGAAACGUUUUUCCCUCUUCUAUGUAACUAGACUCAUGUUUUUGCGCGUCUACUUGCGCGUCUUCUCUGCAUCUGACAGUGACCUGUGGCCGGUUUCUCUCCGGUCUUCCUUUUCCGCGGAGCAAAAGCGCCCAUCCUUUUGGGGUUUUCGGAACGCAUUUUCGGGCCGCGACUCGCUGUUUUCUAUUCUCAAAGAAACUGCCAGAACACCGAAAGGAUAGAUUGCCUGAGGGGGCAGACUCGGCUGCAACCCUUCUUCCCGUCUUGUGGACCCGAGGUUUGUUGCCGUGGUCACCUUUCGGGAAACGUGUGUACAAAUUGUUCGCUUAACACGUUUCACGACUUGCAAUUGCUUUGGCGUUUUCUUCUGUGUCGCUCGGGCCGAAAGUUUUUCCACGUGUUGCGCUUUUUUUCUUGUCUUCGUCGGCGGCUGUCCCUCUUCUUUGGGCACGAAGUCCACAUUCCAUCCUACUCGAGUGCUUUCUAGUCUGUCUGGAUACUCGUAAGUCUGUUUUUUCGCUUUCGGUGCUGUUCCGCCGCCUAUUCUUCGGUAGAAGCCGACUUUUUAAGAUAACAUCGGAGCGAGGUGGCCGUAUCCCGAGUGGGACGGGCGCAAGCAGACAGGCCGCAUUCUCACUGUAUCUCCUGUCUUGAAUUAUAAGCUUCUGCACGGGCUAUGUAUGCAUAUCUCUUCACGCAGUUCUUGAAGGGUUUCACUGGUUCUUUAUAACUGCAGCCGGCAGCACAGACCGUCACUGAGGCACAGCUCGAGCCGACUCAGACUGCAUGCAAGCCGCGUACACUUCAUUCCCCGUUUUUCCUUACCGUUGUCCACCAUGGAGAGCUGCCACGCGUACCACGGACAGAUCAAAGACGGUCUGUUUCACGGGAAAGGGACUCUGAUUUACAGCGGAAAUGAAAAGUACGAGGGGGAGUUCGUGUUCGGGAAGCGCGAGGGGCACGGUCGCUUCCUCUACGCCGACGGAGCCACUUACGAAGGGAAGUGGGUCGAAGACCGCAUCCACGGCCAGGGCGUCGCACAUUUCGCCAGUGGCAACCGGUACGAAGGCCAGUGGGAAAUGGGCCGAAUCAACGGCUUCGGGAAGCUUUCGUACAGCAACGGUGACGAGUACGAGGGCGAGUGGGUGGACGGGAAGAUGCACGGUCGCGGGACCUACCGCUACGCGGAGGGCGAUGUCUAUACAGGGGAGUGGCGCGACGAUAAGCGCCACGGAAAAGGCAGUGUGACGUACGUCAGUGCCAAAGGUUCCGUGGUGGAGAAAUACGAGGGCGACUGGGUGAACGGAAAGAUGCACGGUCACGGGAAGUACAUCUACAGCGACGGCGGCGUCUACGAGGGAGACUGGAUCGACGGGAAGAUGCAUGGAAAGGGCACUUAUGUGUUUCCGAACGGCAACGUGUACGAAGGCGAGUGGGCUCACGACAUGAAGGACGGCUACGGGGUCCUGACGUACCAGAACGGAGAAAAGUACGAAGGGUACUGGAAGCAGGACAAGGUCCACGGCAAAGGCACACUCACUUACACCCGCGGUGACAAGUACAUCGGCGACUGGAUGGACGCAAAGAAGGACGGGGAAGGCGAGCUCAUCUACGCGAACGGCGACCGCUUCAAAGGCCAGUGGGCCGACGACCGAGCAAACGGAUUCGGCGUCUUCACGUAUGCAAACGGGAACCGAUACGAAGGCGAAUGGACAGACGACAAACGCCACGGACGCGGAGUCUUCUACUGCGCUGAAGACGGCAGCGCGUACGAGGGCGAGUUCGUCGGAGGGAGAAAAGAAGGCAAUGGAAUUCUGCGUCUCGCGACUGGCCACCAACUCGAAGGCACCUGGUCUGGUGGACAGCUCGUGCGCGUCACGUCCUUCGUCUUCGCCCAGGACUCACCAUGGCUCAAUGUCGACUUGUAAACGAUGUCAGUUUUUUCUGCGAGCACGGGUUCGCUUAUCCAUGCGGCAGAGUAGCAGCUGCAAAGAAUAUCCCAUGCAAAUGCCCGCAUCUCAUGGUUCCAAUAUCGAUGCCCAAGGAUCCCAAGAAAUCCACUUUGAGAGAAACAGUUCCGGUCCACCCUCUCGGAGCAGUCUUUCGGGAGGCCCGAGUUCAGAGCGAGAAGGGAUUGACAGAGCGGCGUUAAGAACCACUUCAAAAACAGAUAAUGAUUGUGAAAAAGCAUUGCGGGGGAAAGACCAUUCAAAACUAUUAAUGGGAGAAUAGCCAGGCGCUAUUAAAGAAAAAACAGAGUAGACAGCUGGGGCCGGAACUCCGCAGUGAUGUCCAUCGCGCGUGCGUCAUUUCUUCAGACAGUACGAGCCGGUUCCUCCCAGGCGCAGCAUGCGUCGGGCACCCUCUGCCGUUUAAGUCGACUGUGAUGCCUUGUCUGUGGAACGGGAAGAGGCACCGAGCGUGUUUGAGUGUGUUCGCGGCGUUCCUGAACGUCUGUGUGCAGUUCUCUGUCCUGUUGCGUUUCUGGGAGUUCUGUCUAGGUGAGAGCGAAUCUCGUCAAGGUCGGCAUGUCUGUAUGUGUCGACGAUCUGUAUGUGCAUGUAUAAAUGUGUGGAUGUUCUCCAGAAUCGUGACGCGACGCCGGUUCCGCACAGUCUUCACGUUCGCUUGCUUUCCGGCUUCGGUGUCGUGGUUGCCUGGCGCGAAUGGUUCUUCAGACGUCACACGCU